CGUACGAAAGUUGAAAUUGUCAACUGAAAACAUAAAUAAAUUGAGGUUAUGUCGGUCUAUCGAAUAUCUUUCGUUUUUAUAAAUUAAAAUGAAAUUGUAGUACUGACUUUAGCCUAUAUAAUCUUAUAGAUCUUUGAGAACAGUCAGUUCCCAAAAUGGCUUUGAUAAAAUCGAAGGAUAUUCCAGAAGAUGCAGUGGUUCUGAGCGAAAUAGAAGCUACUACAUAUAUUUGGGAUAUAGUAAGCAAUUGGAACACCUUUUCAGAUACAUGGGCGCUAAGAUACUCGCCAGCUAUUCUUGGAGGAAUAAACAGCAUAUGCGGUCUUUUAAUAAACAACCACUUCCGACAUAAGUUGAAGCUUGGUACCUAUGGAUAUUUUGCAUCUGUGAUACCUGUAACUGUUCUGCCAGGAAUACUGACAGCUUUGUUCCACAGGCAUAUUGUAUCAACGGAUAUGUUACUAAUGAAGUUAGAUACAUGUCCAAUCUGUUAUGAGGUUCGAUCUGGUUUGGUACAAGUAGUACUAGGAACUGCAUAUCCUCUGGUGCUUGGACCAACAUGUACUCUUAUGCUUGCCAAUAGAUAUGGCACCUACCGAGUGCCAGACCUUAGAGAAGGUCCGAAAACCAUGUUUAACUUUUUGAGGAUUAAAACUAGACCUUUCAAUCCAACUUUAACAUACAUGGUAGCAAUACAAAUGGUAGCAUCCUCUAUAUUAACUUAUUUUGAAAUGAAAAAUACAUUUACACUAAAGACAAAACUAAUGGAAAUUGAAAAAAAGGUCAUGGAAGAAAAAGGGAUGUUUUAGUAUUUUCAGUAGUUAUAUAGUGUGAUGUUAUAUAUGUAAAUAGAGAUAGUUUUAAACCGAA